UGCUCGGGUCUCGAACUCUUCUGCUUCUCUUCUGCUGAGGCUCAUUGCUUUUCUGCCAUGAAGAUCGACUUCGCUCCAGUUGAUAUUCCUCUGAAUAGGAGGCUGCAGACAGCCGCCGUGCUGAAGUGGGUCUUCUGCUUCCUCGCUCUGGCUCCCUGCUGCAUCCUGCUGUUUAUUUACCUCCUCUUCACUCGUUUCUGGUUGGUCAGCGUACUGUACGCCACCUGGUGGUUCAUCGACAGGGACACGCCGUCUCAUGGGGGGAGGAAAGUCCCCUGGCUCUGCUGCAUGCCCCUCUGGACCUACAUGAGGGACUACUUCCCCAUUCAGCUGGUGAAGACCGCGGAUUUAGACCCCAGGCAGAAUUAUGUGUUUGGUUUCCAUCCUCACGGCAUCCUGGUAGCUGGAGCAUUCACGAAUUUCUGCACGCAGGCCACGGGCUUCAGCAAGCUGUUCCCGGGGCUGGAGAGUCACCUGCUGAUGCUGCCUCUGUGGUUCAGAGCCCCGUUCUUCAGAGACUACAUCAUGUGUGCAGGUUUGAUUCCCUCAGAUAAGGACAGUGCCAGUUACCUGCUGCGCAAGGAAGGCGGUGGUAAUGCUGUGGUCAUUGCAGUGGGUGGAGCUUUGGAAGCACUGGAUUCCCAUCCAGGAACCCACUCAGUGCUUCUGGCCAGUAAGAAAGGCUUCAUUAAACUGGCGAUUGAACACGGUGCCCACCUGGUCCCGGUUUACUCUUUCGGAGAGAACGAGGUGUUCGAUCAAGUCGCCAACCCGCGCGGCACCUGGCUGAGGUGGAUACAGGACCGCCUGCAGAGCAUUAUGGGUGUAUCUCUGCCGCUCUUCCACGCUCGAGGGAUCUUCCAGUACAGCUUCGGCCUCAUGCCCUACAGGAAGCCCAUCACCACUGUUGUCGGGAAGCCAAUCAAGGUGGAGAAAAAGGAGAAGCCCUCAGCUGAGGACUUGGACGCUCUGCACCAGCUCUACAUGGACGAACUAACGCAGCUGUUUGAGGAACACAAAGGCAAAUACGGCAUACCUGAGGACGCACACCUGGACCUCCUGUGAGGCCGCAGGCACCGUGAGAGGCGGGACUGUCCAGCUGCCAGAACGAGAACUACAAACCACAGACAGUAAAAAUGAAAGACGCUGCUGAUGAUGGAGCUGAUGGAAUAACUGGAAUCUUUUAAAUUGUAUAAUAACUAUGAACGUGAAUGUAAUCUGAUGAGGUUCCCAAUACAAAGCAAUAUCACUAAGCUCAGAGAAAAUAGUGUAAAAUAUGAAUUACGACAUUUAUUACGUGUCAUUUGUACAAUAUUUGCUCAGAAUAAACCGUCACUUUAAUUUAAUUCACUUGUUCUCUCUGCAUGA